UCGACAUCCUCCGUUCACCAACUCAACCACCCCACACGAAACCAACCUUCGAAGCCUCCCAGAACUCUCAUUAACCGACUUCAAAAUGCCUUUCGUCAACGCCAAGAACCCGGUUCCCCAGAACCAGCGAUUCUACCAGAACGCUUACAAGAACCACACCCGUCUUUGGAAGAUUAACCCUCGCAGCCGCGUCCUCAUGACUCCCUACCUCAUCCUUCUCUGGGGUACCCUCGGUGCUUCCUUCUACGGUGCCGGUCGCAAGGUCCUCGGCUACAACUCUUACUUCGGAAACUAAGCGGUGGUGGGUGAUACAGCUUGCCUACGAUGGAAGGUCAACGAGAUUAGUAGAUUGAGUCAAUAGACGGAGAUGAACCCAAUGCGAGAUCGUUACAGUCGUUCAUGUGCAUUCUGGAGACCAAU